AUGGAAACAACCAUUUCUACCGUUCAGGACAUCAGGAUGUCAAGACGAGAUCGUGACGAUCGAGAACAGCGUAAUGAAAGAUUCAAUAGGGAAAGAGACGAUCGACCUCAAACGCAAACUGUUAAUAGAGGUAUACUUUUUUCAAGACCUAGGCAAAGGUCUCCGAUCGACUAUGAUGAUAUGGAUAGGAUACCUCAAGGCGGCGCUACUUCAUCGUUUGAACGCAGAAAUAUAACCACAGGAAUGUUGCGAAAUAAUAUGUCUGAUAUAGGUCCAUCGGAAAUUUGCUUUCCAUUAAUGAAUGAUCGUGAGACACGGACAAAGUAUGACGAUCGUUUUAUUAUGCCAACAAGAGAUACUCGAUUUCGUCAACCAGGCAGUUCACCAACAAUGCCUACAACUGCUCACAGAGAAUACUUUUCGCCUGGUCCUGGCAAUCAAUAUGGCUUUCGAGACAUUUAUAGAUAUCCAGAUGAGAGGGAUGUAUGGGCUAAUGGAAGAAAUAACCAACACGAUCCAUAUGACUAUCGUGAUCGAGAUUAUCAUAGAAAGAGGUACCCAAGGGACUGGGAUUAUCGUCGAGGGCCUGGUUAUAGAGAUGAUCCACAUGAUUCAAGAUACGAAACAUCGUUAUCAAGAGGAGGAGAAUCUAAAUAUUUUAUGGCUACUAGACAUAAUCAUUGGAGACAGCGAGACAGGAGAUCAUCGUCACCAUCUGCAAGAUCGUCAAUAACAAAUUUUUCACCUCCACCUUCUCAUAACCGUAGUAGAUCUACAAAAGCUUCAUCUAUUCGGUCAUUAUCUCCAAAAACUAAGUCUUCUGCUGGAAAUUCAAGAGGUUCUUCACCACGACGCUCAGACUUAGAGCGUGUUGUUUCAUCUAAACGUCCCCUAAAAAUAUCAAUACAGAAACGUAUAGAUCAUAGUGAGAAUGAAGAUGAAACAAUCCAAUAUAAAGAACCGGCCGAAGAACCAAUAUUACAAAAUUGUAAAAUGACGAGAACUAGGUCAUCAAAUAAUGAUGAAAAUCUUGUAAAAUUACGAACUUCUGGAACUGCGAAUAAUGAAUUCGAAGAAAGGCUUUUCAAUGGAAAUGAUCUUGAUGGGGUAGAAGAGAAUAUUGAAGGUUAUGGCAAUAGUGAGAAAGGAGGUUGGACAGGGUGGAGAAGUAUAGAUCCUGGUCUUGUUGCUAUAAAUGAGCAAAAAGAACGAGAACAAAAAAGAUUAUCAAAAGAUGAAGCUGUGGAAUCUGGACUGGUUACCGAUCAAAUUGCUGAUAUGGAUUUAAGUUCGGGAGAAAAUGAUGAACAACCAUCACAACCUCAACUUGAAGAUAAACUAUCUGUUUGUUCUGAUGAACUUGAAUCAAUGGAAGAAUCUGAUGCAGUUGAUGAUUCAACGGAAUAUCGUGUCGAGAUAUCGAAAAAGGGCAAUGAAACUAUUGAUACUUCGAUUAAUCGUAAUCAAAUUAGCAUAAAUAUUUAUAAUGGAGAAUCGCAAGAGACAUUGACUUCUCGUGGUGAUGAAAAAAUAAAUGGCGAAAUGGACAUUCAACUAGAUAAUCUUAGUAGUAAAGUUGGUGACAAAGUAAAUCAUGAUAACUUUAGUUUACCUGUAAUUCCAGAAGUUACAAAUUCUCCCCGAUAUAUUAUCGAAGGUUCAACUCAAUUGGAAGAUGAUAAAAUUGAUUAUAAUGCAAUAGGAGAAGAGAUAGAAAAAGUUGAGAAUGAAAUUGAUCGUUAUCAAAGCCUUCUUGAUCAAAAGAGAAGGUACAUUGAAGAAAAAAACCUUGCACGCGCAAAUCGGAAAUCUAAAUCCAAUAAACGCGUUAAUUUUGAGUUUCAUCAAGAAGCUAUAUUAAUUCAAGUAGAACAAAUGGAGUCAACCCUCACUAAUGAACAAGCGAAUAUUAAUAAUGUUUUGACUGCCAAUCAUAAAUUAAAUAAUGUUCAAAAUGUUGAUACCUUGUUAUCAGUUUCGCCAGAAAAUGAUAAAGUAACAAAUGAUCAUGAAGGAGAUCAUGCCUCUAAUACUUAUCAAGAUUCCCCCACGGAGACAUGUAAACGAAAUACAAUGUGGGAAAUUAUUUAUUCAGAAAACAAGGAAAGAACAAAUAAAUGUGUUGUUUUUCCUUUUGAUUCAUUUAAUCGUUUUGGAUCUUGGGGACAAACAAAUGAAAUUUAUAAAAGUUUGCCAGAAUAUCCUUUUUAUAAACAGAACAUUUUGGAUCACAACCGGCUCCGUCUUUUAUUAGUAAAAAAAUUUCAAGAUCAGAAAGCAAGUAUUAAACUUAAAGAGCAGACUUUGCAACAAGAAUGGAAAACACUUUAUUAUUCAUGGAAACAAAAAUUUGAAAUGCUGCAAAAGACGAAAGGAAAAACGAAACAAGAUGAUAAUGAUAAUAAUUCUACAUCUGGAUUUGCCGCAAGAUGGCCGGUUCGAACAAAUAGAGGAAGACGUCGUGGUGAUGUUGUCAGAUCUGAGGCUGAAAUGGAAGAAGUUAUGAAAAUACUUCAAGAUGAACAGCGUAAAUGCCAAACGUGGGCAAACAUUCCUCCCAUGAUUUUAGAUCCGAAAGAAAGACAACAAGCAAAAUUCAUUAACAAUAAUCGAAGUGUAUCGGAUCCUGAAGAUUUUUAUGAUUACAAUGUCGAUUUGAACGUUGAUUGGACAAAUCAAGAACGAGAAGAUUUUUAUGAACUUUUCAAGUCUUUUCCAAAAAAAUUUGGUAAAGUCGCAGAGCAUCUUAAAGAUAAGUCUGCUAAUGAUUGUGUUAUUUAUUAUUAUCGAAAUAAAAAAGAAUUAAAGCUGAAAGAAUUGAUUCCAAAAAAUGGUCGAGGCCAGCGUACAAUCGCUCUGAAUAGUAAAGCGAAAAAAAACAACAAUACAUUGAAUAAUAAUAAUCAAAACAUUGGUUUAAUAGAUUCCAGUAGUACUAGUGUAAUUAUAAAUAAUAUUAAAGUUUUGGAGAAUGUUAAUGAAGGGUUUACGUCGAUUAACGAAAUUCCUGAGGAAACUAAUGAAAUUUCUAAUAAACCUAUUGAAAGGCCACCAAUAAUUAUCACGGAAACUGUUUCUCCAUCGAUAGAACAAUCAGAAGUACAUAAAGAUGAUGUAAAUGAAGAAAAUUCUGAGGAAAGAUCGGAUGUAUCGAUGCAGCCGCAACAUCGUAAUGCAAAUGCAUUAUCGAAUGUUCAGGAAAAGUCAACAACGCAAGAAAAACCUGUUAAUAAUCCUGAAUCGAAUCAUGCUUGUAGUAUACAAGGGGUUGUAGAGGAAAGUACAUUAUCGGUUACUAAAAAGCCUAGAGUUUCAAAGGGUAGAAGAAGGUCAAAAGUAUCAGCGGUAAAAGAUUCUGAUCAGCAAGAAGGUGAGCCGGUAAAGAAAAAACGCAAUAUUGUAUACGUCCCACCCAGCACAGGUCACGAUAAGAAUAGUAAUUUGUCAGUCGUAAUAUCAGAUGCACAAGAGACUCGAAAGCUAAGUUCUGUUAAUGAUGAUGGUGUUGAAGAAACAGCUCGUAAUUUUAACUUGAUGUCACUUGACGGGAAUGAUACACAUUCUUCCACACAACCGGAAAUAACUUCAGUAACCAAAAGCAAAGGUCGUCCAAAACAAACUGAAAAUCUAAUGGAUAAUGAAGUUUUAUCACAUAAAAGUUCAACUGUGAAUGAUGAUCGUAUAUCACAAAAGAAAAUAUCAUCUUAUUGGAACAAAAGAGAAGUUGGCCAAUUUGAACAAUCAUUAAAAGAUUUCGGAAAACAGUUCAAGCAAAUAGCCGAUGUAAUCAAAUCAAAAACUGAAGUCCAAGUAAAAAAUUACUAUGAAAAACAUUAUGAAAAACAAAAUAUUGGAAUUAACUUGGAAGAGGUUAGGAGUAGACCUACCACAAGUGAUGAUAUACAGAGUUCACAAGAAAAGCAGCAACAAGCGAAGUCUAAUGUUCUAGUUAAUCAUAGUGUAUCAAAUGAUAGGAAUAAUGCACAUAAUGCAUCAAUCAAUUCUCAGAAUAAUGAAACAACCUUUCCUCGAGCUGAUUUCUUAUCAUCUAUGGAGAAUUCUGUAAAUAUUACACAAAUAGCUACCGAAAGACAAAUAUCACAAUCAUUUAGCUUGUCAGACAAUCCAUCAAAUUCUUCCGGUAUAAAAAGAUCUACUCCACAAGGGCCACAAAAAAGUAAUAUUUCAUUAUUGUUGAAUAACGAAGAGAAUACUUCGAAUGUAGAUGUCGCUUCUUGGUUCGACGAACAAAGCAGUAAAGAUAAUGAAAGCGAAGUUAGUAACGAUCCAAUGGUUAAUGAUCGCAGACAUAGUAUAACAGGUGAAACGAACAUGCAACAUGUUGUUAUGCAACAAGUUCCAAAUCAUUUAAUGACGCAAAAUUCAGAGUUGCAUCGUCCAAAUAACAUUCCAACAUCAUUAUCACAGCAACCGUCGUCGCAGCAAUACGCGCGAUCUUAUCAUAUGCAACAAAUGUUUCAGAAACAACAAGAGAAUAUGCAGAAACAACAAAUGGAACAGCAACGACAGUUUUACGCACAUUUAAUGUCGAAUCCUCAAAAUCAACAGCAUGCAUCGCAGCGUUUUUCACAGCUUUACGUAUACAUGCCUCAGCAGCAGCAACAAUCUGGUCAACAAGUACAUCAACCAUUACAUCAAGCACAUCAACAAUCGCAUCAUCAUCAACAACCUCGGCAAUCACAACAAAUUCAACAGCAGAGAAUAACGAACUCGGUUGUUCCUAUUCAUAACAUCACAUCCAAUAACGCUACACAAAAAUUCGUACCUAUUAAUAUACAGCAAAAUUAUAAUAUAAACGUACCUCAUGUAUAUAGACCUCCAGCGUUUGGGGUUUUAUCCAGUCCAGUCAACAUGACGGGUUCAUCAACAACCUCACCAAUAACGCAGCAUAACACCAACGUUUCGCAGCAAAGUUCUUUCACGACGUUGCAACCUCAUCAAACUCCCAAUUAUAAUACAAAUGAAAUGAUAACGCAAAUUCACAGAGUGAAUUCUCCUUUUAACGGAACUAGUCAUUCUAAUCAUUUAUUUACUCAAUCACCGGUCAGACAGCAUCCACAUUUUCUUUUGCAGAGAAAUUUAGUUGGACGUCCAACGUCAUCAAUGAGCAGUACACCAGUCAUGGGUGAAUUAAAUUAUAAUGGCCAACAUCAGCAUCUUUUACAUACCAGACCUUCUAUAGUUAUGCCAAGCAGCUCUCCUGGUAUAGUACAAGGAAUGCAGGGGAGUUUGGUUAGUCAUGGGCAUACACAUAACUUUACUUCUUCUCCAAGACCUUUUUCUGGAGAACGACCAUCACAACAAUCAUCAGAACGGAGUAAAAGUCGCCAUUCAUCACCAUUAUUAAAUCCCAAAAUAGAACCUCCGUCUUAG